AAUUCAACUUAUAAGCAUAAUACUAUAUUGUAGAAACAUAAAGUAUUAUGUACAAAGUGAUAAAUAUAUUAAACUUAUGUAAAAACAAAUUAGUGAUUUCCGAUAAUUUGAAACUGAGAAACUGAAACUAACUUUUACAAAAUGCGUCUGAGAAUUUUUAAAAAAUUUUUGUAUAAAACUGACAACAUUCUUAACAAGAUUUUCCAUUGAUUGUUCAAAAUAUCCAAAAUGUUCUUUAAAAGUACGCACUUCUAAUUUACUGUUUAAAUAAGUAUAGCUUAUGAUCUAAGAUUGUGAAAAUGAAAAUUCCCUUUUUUGUUUUUGUAACCUUACUUCCCCCUUUUUUUGUAAUCCUACUUCCUAUGGAAUUCUUUUGUGCUUUGAAUGCGCACAAUUUCCAAUUAUCUGAAAUCACUUUAUAAUAACAAAAUGUUUUUAAUUAUAAAACAUAUAUAAAUUACAAAAAUAUUUAUAAAAGCAUAAAUAUAUAUUAACAUAUUUUAACCUUUUUUUUUUCUAGAUUCACAGAAUCUCAAAAUAUUAAAAAAAAGAAAAACUUUAAAAUUAAAAUUAAAUAAAGAAUAUAUAAGAAAUAAAAACGAAAAUCUUAGAAGAAAUCUAAAGUUUAUAUUUCUCAAAUAUUUCAAGCUAAACUAAAAAAUAAAAUUCUUGAGAGAAUCUAAAGAAAAAUUUUGAAUGAAUUGAGAAGAAAUGCACUUUUGGAUUGAUAAAAGAUCCCAAGCAAAUAUCAACCAGUGCCGAGCUAAUGCCAGACUAACACUAAAUCGCUUACAACCACUUGAAUACGUUAGACCACCUCAUCAUCAACAUCACCAUAAUAAUAGCAACAACACUUCCGCUAAUGGUAGCAAUAAUAGCAAUUGUAAUUAUAAUUACCCUUAUUUAAAUCCUUCAAAUAAUAAUAAUAACCAUAACAGUAAUAACGCUAAUAACAAUAAUAGUAAUAAUAAUAAUAAUAACAAUAGUAGUAAUAAUAAUAAUAACAACAGUAUUUUGAGAAGCUCAAGUCUAAUAUCAAAUACUCCAAAUAUUAAUUCUCCAAAUCAAGUUAAUCGUAGUAUUAACAGUAAUAAUAUUAUUAAUAUCAGGAACAGUAAUAAUUGUGGCAAUUCCACUGCCGUUAACCCAAUUAAUUUAAAUAUGAUAAAUACAGCGGCUACUGGCUCGGCACAUUCUAGUUAUAGAAUUCCCCAUCAUCAAAAUAUUGAUAUUGAAACAACAUUCGGUCCUAAUGACCAACAUCAUCAACAAGAACCAGUUGUAAGAACACAGCCACAUUUAAGAUGGCAAGUUCUCGUUAUAUUUACCUUCUUUGUAGUUACAAUUCGUUUUUAUGUUUUGGGUAAUAGAUCAGAGGUAUUAAUUUAUUGUAUAUCAGGUUUAAUAUUGGUUAUGGCUUUAUUAAUAUUUUCUGCUCUUAAUUUACAAAAACGAUUAACAAAUGGAAAUAACAAUUUUAAUACAACUUCACCACGUUUCGAUGGUGUACAACAUACUCGUUUAAUAAAUGCAAAUAAUAGGUUGGGUGGUGUAAUAGGAACAAAUAAUUCGCUUCAUCAGCAAGAACAAAUUGCAACUGGUAGUAGAUGUCCAUAUGUACAACAACUAGUAUUACAAAAUGCUACAGGACCAUUAAAUAGAAAUGGAAAUAACCGUGAUGCACAAAUUUUAGCUGAAGCUGUUGUUUUAUUACCACCUUCACCAACACAUAUUUCACAUAACGAUAUUAGAAGACAUCAAAGUGAAAGUUCAAUUGCCCCACCACCAUAUGAUAAGGCAAUACUAUUACCAAAUAAUGCAAGUAAUAAUAAGAAAUUUGUUGGUAUUGAAAUUGAAAGUAGCGAAGAUGAAACACCACCACCAUCUUACGCAGCCGUAACAGACAUAAAUAACUGACUAACAGUUAAUAUUGCAGAUGAAAAUUAAAAACUAUAUCAUAACACAAUUAUUAAACAUAACAUGCAUACACACAUAUAUUAUUCAUGUGUUUCCGGCUUUUGACUGUGUUCAACGUGUUGAAAGCUUUAUAUCCUUUUUCUUGGAAAAAUCUUGUGAAAUGAAGAUUAAAAUUUUAUCACGUAAAGCAAUGUAGAACAGCAAUUUAUGCUUCAUAAUCAAAGCAUAUCGUAAGUUAUUUUAGGCUUUUAGAAUUCUAAAUUGCGAAUACGUAAACGAAGUUUUUGCAAAGUUCGAAAAAUAUUCUUUGAAAAUCAUGCUCAAUAUAUUAUAUUAUCUGCAGGUGUGAAUUUUUGUAGUAUUUUAUAAAAUCUGGAUUUUCGGCAUUUCUGUUUUUCAAUAAAUUAGAACGCCAUGGGUCUAAAAGUACUACAUUAAAUGCAUACAUAAAGCGUUUAAGAUUUCUGGUUUUGACAUGAAAUAUUAAAAAACCCCUCACAUAUGUAAGAGAAAUAAGAAUAUUAUUAACAAAAUUCUUACUAUUCAAAAAAGAUUUCGUAUAUUUUAAGGUUAAUUAAAUAGUAUUAAAAUACCUAACUGUUUUAACUUAUAACAGAAAAAAAUAAAAUAAUUUUCUACCACAGAAAACUCAAAUAAUAAUCUUGUAUAAUCUGAAACAAUAAUCUUGCAAAACCUAUACCUGGACACAUUUACCUAAACACAUUUUUUUAUGCUGGGUUUAACUACUUUUGUUUAGUGUUAAUAUUUCCAAAAACACGUCUUAAUUACUUACUACUUUUUUAUCAAUUAUACACGGUCCCACAAAUGAAAAUUACAAAAAAUCAUUGCAUCAAAACUAAAAAACUCUAAUUUACUAGUUAAUUUUUAAUUUAUAUAAAUGCCUUUUAAAUUUUCGCAAAUUUAGUUUCCAAAUAAUCUUUUUGAAAUAUACACAUAGUUUACACAAUCAUAUUUAUCCAUCUUACCAUAAUAGUUAUUCCUUCAAAUACAACAUGCAUUACUCACAUAUUUUAUUACAACACACGACACAAUAUAAUAUAGUGAAUACAAGUUCCAAUGUGAUAAAACUUUCGCACACCGAUCUUAUAAUAAAUUCAAACAAAGUUUAGUGAAAUAAGGGUUUCCAUAACUUAUAAAUUUAAGAAUCCUAAAUUAUUGCUAUAAAAUAUACAAACAAACAUAUAUUUUUCAUCUAAAAUUAAUCUAAAACUAACUUAAGUAUA